AUUUCAUUUCCGGGGUAAUGAUGAGAAACGCUAGCGCAACCAAAAGGAGUUUGUGUUUCCUGGCUCUAUCAGUAGCCUGCAUGUUGAGCAAUCGCAGGGCAGCCGCUGCUCCUCAACCAAUGUCCUCAGGAAUGAUGUAUCGUGAAAAUGGAUACGAUGGAUCUAUUAAGAAUUCAGUGGAUAGAUAUGAGGCAAUGGAAAGAAAAAAAGAAAGAAUCUUCAAAGAAAUAAGAAAAAUGAGUGAAGAGCAGGAAAUUGCUUCUUUUGUGAACGCACAGUUAAAAAACAAACAAGAUCAACAAGCUCAAAUGUUUUCGGAAGAAGAUCCUGAGACACCUCCAGUAGUGCCCGUUGUCUAUCGCGAUGAGGAACCCCCAGCGGAAAAACGCAACUUUGUGGCUCUUUGUCACUUCAAAAUUUGCAACAUGGGCCGGAAGCGACAACAAAGGUCUGCAUCGUAAAGAGAAACGUAAUAUACUCAGGAGGUCGUUAUACAUGUUGAUUGCACUUCUCUUACAUUUUUCAAAAUCAACAUGCACUGUAAAUAAACCAAGGAUUCAUCCAUCCAAGAUUCAUCUUCUAACUUAAAUCGGGAAGCAAAAGAUUCCAGAAAAUAAGGU